AGGAAGCACAAACAUAACAAAUGCCUGAUUAUGAAGCUGUGAUAAAAAGGGACGUUGAACUUAAACAGGAUCACUGUUUAAACCGGAACGCACACUAAAUCUGUCCGCUGCUAAAAAUAGAUUGACUUCCCAAACAAGCACCAGAAUGUUGCUUUUUGCUUUGCUUGCUAUUCUCCCAGUUUCUUCCUGGGCUGGCUACCAAUCUGGGACCGAUACCUACUCAUUCUCCCCUCCGGUGGGUUCAGGGAGUGGUCGCUCCUACGCCCUCACAGGCAGUGGGAGGAUUACUGCUGUUCGAGUGUGGGAGGCCUACAGUAACUACAUCUAUGGCUUCCAGUUUCGCUACGGCUACAUCUGGUCCAAUGUUUCCGGGUACCGUCACGGCCAAGCACAAGAGAUAACGCUGUUUGAUGGCGAGUUCAUUGUGCAGAUUUCUGGAAAAUAUGCACAUUAUGUGCAGUGGAUAGUGUUCACUACCAACAUGGGUCGCUCUCUUUAUGCCGGCCAGCCUCAGGGUCAUUCCUUCAACAUGUACCCCACCAACAAGGGCGCCGAGCUGCGCUUUCUAAGUGGCAGCUUCCAAGGGGCCAUCACCUCCGUUGCAGCCCACUGGGGUGUUGUUGCUGUCCCUCACAAUGUAACUAAUAAACAUUUAUAAUUUGUCAUCUAAAAUGGUAGCUUUUUCUGCAUGCUGUUGAUCUUUAACAGUUUUGUAUCCUGCCUAAAUUUUAAUUUUUGGAAUAAUACAUUGUUCGUACAGUGCUUUGACACGAUCAGGCAUUAAAUAAACACUGACUGACAAAUCCAAGAUUGUACGCAAGUGAUAAAAGUGCUAAGUACAUACUGUAAUA